AUGGACCUGAUGCAGCUCUCGACAUUGCGCCCCCUUCUGAGCCAACUAGUAGUCGACUACCAAAGAUUGAACACGACCACACGGGCAGAGCAAUUCAGCGCCGUUGCCGCCUUGGUCAGUGGUAUCUACGAGCUGGCCAAAUCGACUUGCAUUGAACAUGGCAUACCGGACUGCGGAGCCAACGCGGUCGACGUCCGCGUACUGCUUGUUCGAUACGAUCCUGACGUGAAGCCCACGUUAUGCCUCGACUCGCCGCAAGCUGAAGGACACUUUGACGUGGUCACUGACCUUUCUUCACUUGUAAGAUCGCAACGACAUUGGACGCAGCUUUUUGUGCCGAAUACAGAGCCAGCAGCGCAAAUGUUCAAGCAAUUCCGCGCUAUUGCCACUGCCUCUCUAGGAUCUAGCAUCUCUCGCGCUCAAAUACUUUGCACGAGACCUGUCGUCGUUCCCGGUGGCCUUGUGAUUAAUCGUCCUUCGACCUCGGGUGGGCGGCAGCAACAGGAGGAUCUUGAGCCAGACCGGCCUUAUCAUCGCAUUGUUGCCAUAGGCAAUUUCAACAAGCUGGAUGGCACGACUGGAGCCCUGCUUACCAUGUCUGCUUUUCUGCUCGGCGAGGAAGAUGAACAUUCAGCAAGCUCGUCGCAGUCGUCCAGUCCUGUCUCGUCACCCUCCGACAGCUUACAUCCCUUCGCGGCAUGGGAAGACAACAAAUCGGUCACAGACAGCACAAAAUCUCGCCCGCGGAGUCCGCGUCCCCGGCGAGCAAAGCAUGUUCGACAGCUCGUGCUCCGAGCAAAUUCGUCGCUUCCUUCAUCGGGAUCUUCCUCCCCUAUAGCUUCCACUUUUGCAAGCAGCAAGUUCCUGCGCCAACGCAACCGCAACCGAAUCGGAGGAAGGAAGCCGACAGCGAAAGAAUCUACCACGCGUGCCGGAGCGGAAUUCUGGUACGAUCGCGUUUUGUCCUUCCUCGAAGCGAUUGGAAAUUGCGAUCACACGACCGAACCCGAGAGUCUUUUGGCUUCAGACGACACCUCUUCACCUCCACCUCUCAGAGCAGCAGAACGAACGCGUCCGCCAUUGGGCCUCGUACACGCGAAACAGGACGGCAGUCAUCAUCUCGAGUCUUUCGCGCGGACGAACAGUAUCGUGACGAAGAAUGGCAGGCGAAGAGCGGUCACAUUUGAGGUCGUGGAUGAGGUGAGCAGUGGAGCUAUUGGUGCUGGAGAAGAGAUGAACAUUGUAAGCUCAGAGGGUGAGGGUGUUGUCAGGUUCGGGACAAGCUGUAAUAAAAAGAGCAGUGGGAGAACGAGGAGUGACAGUGCUGUUUCUGGCUUUGUGAAGGGGUUUGCAAAUCUGUUGGGUGGGAGAGCAAAGGGAGAGAAGCCGAGUUUGGGUGACGGAGAGUUGGAGAUAUUGCUGGCAAGGUCUUGA